UCAUUUACUUUUCAUUUACAAUUUUUUACAUCGCUUACGCUUACGCUUGAAAAGUGUUUGAGUGUAUAGAUAAUGGGGAGGUUCGAUUCUGAAAUAUAUAUUUAAAUAAUUUUGUAUUCAAUUUUGUUAAUUAAGUGCCACAUACACUUGCGUGCUGAUACUGCUGACACUUCUGUCAAUUGCUCGUUGAUGGAAUUAGAAUUAGAGGAAUAUGGAGUAUGGAGUUUAUUUUUGACAGAAUCAGGACUAUCAGGAGUAUAUUUCUUAAAUAAAUAUUUAUAAGCUUGUGUCCAUUUAAAUUAAUCGCAUUCAGGAAGUGUUUUCCUUUUCUAGUAAUUUUUAAUUGUCUCACGGUGGAUUAGUUGGAAGCACUUUUUAUUUGAGGAAAAUGGCAAAAAAUCCGCAAGAAGUCGUUUUUGAGGGUUGGUUGACGAAAUCUCCUCCAACAAAACGAAUCUGGAGAGCUAGAUGGAGGAGGAGAUGGUUUUUGUUGACACAUUCAGGGGAACUCCCGGGACAAUAUAUAUUAACAUAUUAUACUGAUAGGAACUGUAGAAAACUGAAGGGGAUUAUUGAUUUAGAUCAUUGUGAACAAGUAGAUUUAGGUUUAAAGUUAGAUGAGAGAAAAUUAAAGUUCGAUCAUGUAUUCGAUAUAAGGACACCUACCCGUACUUAUUACCUAGCUGCUGAUUCAGAUAGUGAAAUGAGGUCUUGGGUUAACUGCAUUUGCAAGGUCUGUGGAUUGAAAUCCACUAAUGACGAAGAAGACGUCAAAUCUGUAUCCUGUCCAGAUGUAGAAAUAGAAGAAAUACCUGAAAGCCGAAGAGAGACUUUGUUAAAUAAUUUCAACGAAACCCCACCUAUAUCACCUGUUACAACUAACCCCUACAUACCCAUAUCGGAAUGUAUCACGGGAAAAUCGCCUAUUUUUGAUCCUAAGGAUUUUAAGACUCUCUUGGAGUACAACAUGAAAAAUUCCUUUUUUAAAUCUGAACAUGUCAACGAGAGUUACGAGCUUCCUCAGAGAAAUUAUUUGAAUUGCAUCAAUAUUACACAGGAUCCUCGUUUUUACGAUUGUCCUAGAAAAUUGGCACCUCCAGUUACAAUGAAAAGUACCAGUACCAUGGAAAAAAAUCAUUCUCCUCUGCAAAGUCCAACAGACUCUGACAGUGUCUUCAAUGAUGAGGAUUGGGUUCAUAAUUCUGCCGACUUAAAUACUUCGAGAAAUACCAGACCCUCAGAUAGUUCUGCCGACGUGGACAUCAUAGCAACACAGAAGUUCACGAAAAGCAACGGCGACAACAAACUCGCCGUUGCUCCACCGCCGAGACCCCCGAAACCCACCCACAAAGCGCCGCCACCGUGUUACCUUAACCUCACUCCUUCCAGAACGAGCAAAGAAGUGGAUGAAAACGAACAGCCUAAAACGACCAAGGAAUCUCAGAAAAUUUUGACGGACGAGACGUACGAUCUUCCUCGCUCUCACUUUGUCGAAAGUGAAGCUACGCUGAGAAAAGGCGCGCACUGUUAUAAUAACGCAGUUCCGGUCAGUUGCGUGGAGGGAACCAUCUUCAGAUACGACGUUUCUCUAAAACCGGGCACAAGCACCAGUACAACGAUUUUUAAAUAUGAUAUAGAAGAAGGCCAGGACGAGCCCCCCUCCCCCGCCCAUUCCCACAGCUCCUCGACGGCAGUCUACUCCAACCUCCCUAGUCCGUUAUACUGCGAGGGCCAGCUGAUGCCCCCUCCCGCUGUCAACCGCGACUUGAAACCAAAAAGGAAAUUGUCCGAUUCCCACUCUAUAUCGUCGAAUAACGAGCCACCUUCCCCGAGAAAUGCUCCCUCGGUGGACAGAAAGCUAAAGCCUCCGACACCUUUACAGGAGGCGCACAUGAGGAAGCACUUCAACGUGGAGGAGGACCAACGAAAGGUCAGGGCAGCCCCGAGCCCCACGCCUCCCAGCCUGGGCCGAUCUCACGACAGCCUUCUGUCUCCGAACGACAACGAACAGAUUUACCAUUACGUCACGAGUAGGAUGCAGUACCUGGACCUAGAUCUCGAAGGUACCAGCUCCAGUUUCUCAAGUAACAGUACACAGACGUUGCCUGCGAGGAGUCAGGCAGACACCGUCUACAAGCAAGUGGACUUCAUGAAGACGCAGGCCUUCAACAUCACUAGAAACAUUCUAGAGAAGGAGAGGCAGGAGCCCGUCACCUUUUCCAAGAAGUAGUUUAUUUUUUUCCUCCUCUGGCACCACCUCUCUUUUGUUUUGGUAGCUCCGCAUGUGCUAUUCCGAUCUUGAGUGGAUACUUUCCGUUGCUCUUUUUGCAAGUACGCGAGUACUUGGCAAUCAAGAGCGGUGCCUUUGCAGUAUUCGAGAGGAUAAUUCUAGGGCUAGCGUUAGUCUAUGCCGGCCAUACAAGUCUGUUUAGAAACAAAUUAUAAGAUGGUUUGCCUAAGAUAUUCAAGUAGAAGCGGGAUGUGGGAAAACGCUAGAUAGUCGUCGUAGCACCCGAUAUAUCGCGGUAUUUUCGUCGCGGUUUACCGAAACGCACUCUCCUUCCUAUCCACGUCCACAGCGCACCUUAAAAUAAUUAAAAAUGCCGGUUACGGAAGAGAAAAGCGGAACAUUCUGUGCGGGAUUGCGUUUGAACUCUUUUAUGUACAGGGUGUCGCGAUUUAUAGGUCAAAUAUUUUUAAAAAUAGAUGGUAGGGCAGCAAACUGUAACUUCCUCAAAAUUUGCAAAUUCUAAGCUCGUUUCAAUUUAUUUUAAGCGGCGAUUUUUGAAUAUUCCGUUGUUCUACAACCCUUGGCUCGGCUUAUAUUGUAAAAAGCACAAAUAGUUUGUGUAAAAGUGGAAAACUGUAUUUUUUCAUCAAAUUAAUGAAAUUAAUAUAAAUACAAAUACAAGGUGAUUCCGAAAUUAAG